AUGGCUUCUAACCAGUACGACGCUCAGGCAUCAACAAAUUACAAGGAGGCUUUCUCCCUGUUCGACAAGCGCGGCAAUGGCCGUGUCACGAUCGACAGCCUCGGCGACCUGCUACGCGCCUGCGGCCAGAACCCCACGAUGACCGAGAUCCGGGACCUCGAGAAGAACGUGGGCGGUGACUUUGACUUUGAGACCUUCCAGCGCGUGCUGAACCGCCCCGGCGGCUUCCGCGACCCCGGCGAGCCAGAGGAGUACUGCCGCGGCUUCCAGGUGUUCGACAAGGACAUGACGGGCUUCAUCGGCGUUGGCCAGCUCAAGUACAUUCUGACGAAUCUCGGCGAGAAGAUGACCGACGAAGAGGUGGACGAGCUGCUCAAGGCCGUCGACACCAGCUCCGGCCAGGUCAACUACACUGACCUCGUACGAACCAUUCUCGCGAACUAG